GAAUGCCCCCUUUACGGCCGCACCGGAAGUCGCGGACUGGCUGUCUGCAGUGCAGGAAGAGGCGAGUCAAGGUGAGUCUACGUCUCCAGCGUAUUUCACCUGCUAAGAGCGCAGUGCGACGAGAGCGGCCAUCCAUGCGGCAACUGCGCAUUCCGCAACGUUGAAUGCACCUAUGCAAGCCGUACUGUAUCACCAGAUAUACAGCCGAGUCCUGUCCAAGAUGGCCAGCAGGCUCAAGAUAGACCAGGCACUCACCUCGCCACGCUCGACCCCUCAAACAAACUCCUGCUGGAAUUGAUGCACAAAUUCUCCACCGAAACAUACAAAUCCUUCUUCGUGCUCCCUGCAGACCGGCACGUCUGGCAGUCCGUCAUCCCCCGCCGGGCUCUGGACCACGACUUCCUCCUCGAUGGACUCCUCUCAGUCGCGGCCCUGCACACGGCAUCAUCAAGCGGCCGCCAGACAGCACGACCCUACCUAGACGCAGCAAUGGACUUCCAGAGCCGCGGGUUAAAGCCAUUUCAAAAUGCCAUCCAGAAUAUCUCGCCUGAGAACUGCGACGCCGUGUUCGUGCACUCGAUCAUCACCAUCGUCAAUGGCAUCGUCUUCCCGCAAAUCGCAGCGGAAAUCACCGAGUUCGCCAGCUCCAGUGUGCUCGAGAACAUCUUCACCUUGUUCAAUCUCGUCCAGGGAACUGCGGAGAUCAGUAAACUCACCGGCCCGUGGCUGAAGAAAUCGUCUCUUAUCCCGGGAGACUUCUGGGGUUCAACUAGCGACAGCAUCCUUGACACUGAAAUCGAACAGGCGCUUACCCGGCUACGAGAAUUAAACCGGCAGGAGAAUAUAGAGCAUCCCCAGCGACACGGCCAGAUUGAAUUGGCGAUCUCGCGGCUGCGGCAGUGCUUCCAGCGGUAUUUCAGCUUCAGGGAUCCCGCGUCGGUCGUUACGUGGCUUGCCAUCGUCGAUAAGGAGUUUGUGGACUAUCUGCACCAGGAGGAGCCGCUGCCGAUUCUGGUGAUGGUGCAUUGGGGUGUUUUACUGGCGGAGCUGGAUGGGGAGGUGUGGUGGGCGUCGAAGUCUGGGAGGGCGCUUGUGUCUGAUGCGCUGGGGAUUCUGGAUAGGGGAGGUGUUGAUUUUGGAAUUGCGAGUUCGUGGCCGCGGGGGAAGGUUGGAUUAUAACUGCUUAAUCUUACUAAUUGACUAUGUAGAAGGCAAGACUAUAUUUUCCUGGCAAGAUUGUAUACCGUGUCCAACGCAUCUUCAGCGACGAUAUCCGGUAUAGCGCCCUCCCCUUCCCAGUUUCCCCCAGUUACAGGAUGAGAAGGAUACAUAUGAGGAGUAAAAAGAACAAACAGGUCAUUCAGUACACAUGCGUGCGGGAGGUUCGCCGCACCAGCUGUCUUCUCCCCGAUCACGGUUGCCCGC